AUGCUUCGUUUUGAUGGUCGCGUUGUUAUUGUUACGGGUGCUGGUAAUGGUUUAGGCAAAGAGUAUGCGUUGGCUUUUGGAGAACGUGGUGCGAGUGUUGUAGUCAAUGAUUUAGGUGGAAGCACAUCAGGUGAUGGCAGUAAAUCAUCUCGACCAGCAGAUGAAGUUGUCGAUCUUAUUAAAUCACGUGGUGGAAAAGCUGUGGCUGAUUAUCAUUCUGUCGAAGACGCUAAGGCUGUCAUUCAGACAGCAAUUGAUAACUUUGGUCGUGUCGAUAUUCUAGUAAACAAUGCUGGUAUUUUACGUGAUAAAAGCUUUGUUAACAUGACAGAGCAAGAUUGGGAUCUUGUUCAUCGAAUACAUCUACGAGCUGCUUACUUGUUAACACAUGCAGCAUGGCCAUACAUGCGAAAACAGAAGUAUGGAAAAGUUAUUGUCACAUCAUCAACAUCGGGAUUGUAUGGCAACUUCGGCCAGGCAAAUUAUAGCGCCGCAAAGAUGGGCUUAGUUGGUUUAUCGAAUACUCUUUCACUCGAAGGUGCGAAAUACAAUAUUACGUGUAAUGCAAUUGCACCAACAGCAUUUUCUCGGUUAACUCAGGAUCUUCUCCCACCAGGCGCGGAAGAAAAUCUUAAACCAGCAUUCGUCAUGCCACUUGUUCUUUAUUUAUGCCACGAAUCAUGUGCCGACACGGGUUCACUAUUCGAAGUAGCCGGUGGAUGGAUGGGUAAAGUUCGUUUGCAGAAAUCAUCCGGAGCCAUGGUACGUCGAGCAAACGCACCAAUGACGGUUGAAGAUGUACGAGAUAAUUGGCAAGAAAUUGUCAGUUUUGCUAAACCACUCUACCAUUUAACACAAGCCGAUCAAGUCACACACAUAAUGAAUGCUGUCGAAUCAAUCAGUAAUACAGAUCAAGGGAAUUCCAAUGUUUUAACUGAAACAUUUACUUAUACACCCAAUCAACUUAUCUUAUAUGCGCUUGCUGUUGGAUGUUCAUUACGUCAACCAAAUGCUUUACGCUUUCUUUAUGAAAAUCACGAGAAUUUUUCCGCUUUGCCAACGUUUGCUGUGAUACCCGCACAGUCCUUAUCGAUGGCUAUUGUCAGUUCCGGUAAAAUGGGCAUUGACAUCGAUCUCUCUCGGGUUCUUCAUGGUGAACAAUACGUUGAACUCUACCAACCAUUGCCAACAUCGGGUACAGUCACUCUCAAAGGCAAAGUUGUCGAUGUACUUGACAAAGGUUCUGGUGCUGUUGUUAUCUAUGAUGUUGAAAUGUUUGAUGAAAAUGACACAUUGAUUGCCCUUAAUCAAUUCGUUAUCUUUUCCGUUGGUUCAGGCGGUUUUGGUGGUAAAAAAGUUAGCGAACAUCAACGGCCAACAGUAGCAGCACCAAAACGAAAACCGGAUCAUGUAUGCAGUGAUAAAACCACGAUCGAUCAAGCAGCACUCUAUCGUUUAACUGGUGAUGAAAAUCCAUUACAUAUCGAUCCGGCAUUUGCAUCCACAGCCGGUUUUUCACGACCAAUUCUCCACGGUCUAUGUACGUUCGGUCAUUCGGCUCGUCAUGUUUUGUCAACAUAUGCCAAUGAUGAUCCCGCCUUAUUUAAAGCAAUCAAAGUUCGGUUCACGAAACCUGUCGAACCUGGUCAAACAAUAGAAACACAUAUGUGGCGAGAAGGAAAUCGUAUAUUCUUCGAAUCAAAGGUACCAGAAUCAAGUCAGACAGUGUUGACUGGCGGAUAUGUUGAUUUACAUAAUGUCGUACUCAAUACUACAUCACCAGGAGCCCCACAAGAAAUGAGCAAGACAACACCCACAUCGUCUCGAGUAAAUUUGAAAACCAAAGCAGCUUUUGUUGAAAUCAAUAAACGUGCACAAAGUCAACCGGAACUCGUCAAGAAGAUUGGAGCUAUUAUUGUAUUCGACAUAACAAAAGAUGGCAAUGUUCAACAAAGUUGGACAAUCGAUGGAAAGAAAGGUACCAUCUAUGAAGGCUCACCUCAAGAAGGCGCCAAAGCACAAGUCACAAUUACAGUUGAUGAUGAUGACUUCGUUGAUUUAGCCACAGGCAAGGCUAAUGCACCUGCAUUGUUCGCAAAAGUGUUGAACAAAGUUGAACAAUUGACGGAAGGAAAAGCACUAUUAACGAAGGCUCACCUCAAGAAGACGCCAAAGCACAAGUCACAAUUACAAUUGAUGAUGAUGACUUCGUUGAUUUAG